AUGCAACUCAGGUGUGAACUGCUGAUUUACUCUCUGCUUCCGCUGACUGCCGCCAUAUGGUAUCCGCAGAAUGGAAAGCGCUUCCGCACACAGCUUACCUUCGAUGAGUAUGUCCAGUCCAGGGAUGAAGAACUCGACAUAAUUUUCUUUAUGACCAGCUGGGAAAAUGACUUAUGGAAUACGCGUCAGCAUGAUUUUGUUGUAGAGAUCAAGAGCUCGCCCCUGACGGAUCUUUCGUCUAAAAACUGCUUCACGAUUUUUGGAGAUCUGGACAACGAAAUGGAAGACGAAUUUAUCAUUUCAUAUGCGGGAGCCGAAGGGGGUAUUACGCUCAUAAUGAAGACGGAGGUCGGCGACUAUCCCGGUUCAGGCCUCGCGGAGUCUACGGGGUUCCUGGUGCAAGUCCACUACCGGUAUGAGAACCCGAACGCCUUCCACUCUGGCUUCUUGGUGUCGCCCGGGACCGAGACCCGCGUGGUUCUCACUGUUGUAAGUGGCUUGUCAGGGGUGUUAGGGUUACAUUCCUUUCACAAGACUGAACGACAACCGAAGCCGUACUCUUCGCAGUGCGUCUCGUCUUGGAAUGAAACAGGAUUCGAACCCUUACUGUUUUAUAGCACAGAGAACUUUAAACCUUCGUACGAGAAUUAUAGCAAGGAGGAAUGCAGUCACAUGUGCAGCCAUCGGAAGGUGAUGCAGCUCUGCCGUUGCUACCAGAGUUCAGAGAGAAUCAACUUCAACGUGACGAAGGGCAGUUUGCCUGGGCCUGCUUUUGUGACUACCAAAGACUUGGAUGUCUGCAUGACUAAAGAAGAGGGAAAUUGCGCAUCUAAAGUUGACUACGAACUAUUACCAGAUAAGGAAAAGGAUUGCAAUUGUCGGCCAGAGUGUAGUCUUUUCGGCUUCGACAGCAGGGUUUCAACAGCUCCGUUUCCUACACCGAACUAUAGGUCUGCCUUCAUGAACAAGUACAAUUUUACUGACGGCCAAGAAGCCACGAAGUUAGUGGUGUACUUCAGCAGCAUGGAAGUUGAAGUGCAAAGGGAGGAGCCACGGUAUAAAGACUACGCGGCGUUGCUGUCUGCGCUGGGCGGCGUCCUCGGGCUCUACCUCGGGCUCUCGCUGCUCGUCAUCGCUGAACUGGUGCUGCUGCUGGUGAAAGGCAUCCUUUGGUGCUUCAAGUAG